UUUUUUUUAACCAACCGGAAGCAGACGGCGAUUAUACAAAUAUUAUCUGAAAAGAAAAUAGAGGGAAACACGGCAUAUUGGUAUAAACUGAUCAUUUAAAAGGCCAAUAAGACAGAGCCUAGUAUUUUACUAUAUACAAAAUCAAGGUGAAGGUUUCAUAGGUGGCAUGAUGUUGGGCAUGUGCUUCAUGAUUUAAGUCCGUGUCUAUAAGCAGUGAAAGAUGGGAAGUAACUUAUGUUGUGAGAAUCUUAAAGCAAAAUUUCCACUAGAAAUGGGACUGAAGAAGAACAAAGGACCUCAUAAGGACAACAACGAGGAGAAGAAAUUCCAGUGUCGGUGCGGGAAAAAAUAUACCAUUCUGAAACAUUUCAUGAACCAUGUAAAAGUAUGUCACGUUUCUGGCUCAGACAAACCGGAAUUGCCGGCAGGCAAAGGGAAAGCAGGAUCUAGGGAAAGUCCGACUUGGAGCAGUAGGACUGGGAAAGGGAAGUCUAUAGAUAGCAAAUUGAAAGAGAAGACCUCAUUGACUAAAAAGAAAACAGAUAGAUCCCAUGUAACAGAGACAAAAGUAAAAAGCAGAAAAAAGAAAAGAAAGGAGACUGACACAGAUUUUACUUGCUCAAUCUGUUCUUCAACAUUUAGAAAUGGUGAUGACCUACAUAAACAUUUUAAAAGGUCAAGGUGUGCAAUAGGAUCGUUUCCAAAAUUGACCCAAAGGUUAAAAGGUCAAAUUGUAAAUGAGGAAACACCAGUACGAAAGGUCCAAUAUAGGUGUGGCUUUUGUAGUUUGACAUUUACAGAUAGCUCUUAUCUAGAGCUGCAUGUGUCAAGUGGAUGUCCUAGUAGAUCAGAGAAUUCCGAAAUAUCCUAUAGUGAUAACAGAUUAUCUUCUCAGUUGGAGAGGAUCCCAGACAAUGAUAAAUUAUCUUGUGGUUUGGGGAAGACCUCUUAUGAUAUGGAAUUAUUCCAUCCAAUGGUGAAUAUUGAAUGCGGACUUUGCCAUGUUAAGUUUGAGUCGCAAGAUGAUUUGAUAUCACAUUUUGAGUCAAAGCAUGAGUGUGAGAAGGAUUCUGACAAUGAUGUUGAUAAACUGGGAGACAUUGAUUACAUUUGUGGUAAAUGUAAUUUGGAAUUGGACAGUAUCAAGGAGAUGAAAAGUCAUUUAAGAUUAUGUUUUGCAGAUAUUAAUUCAGUAUUCACUUGUGGCCAAUGUCAAAAGGAGUUUGGAAGUCAUGAUGAUUUACAGUCACACAUAUCUGAAAAUCACAGUGCAUCAGAGUUUGUGUGUGGACAGUGUGGAAAUUCAUUCCAAUCCACGAAACUUUUAGUACAACACAUUGCUAAAGAUCACACUGUUCCAGAUAGUCCUUUAUCAGAAGGUUCACCAGCAAAGGAACAUGUAAGUGGCUAUGAUAACGAUACUGUUACUGUACCUACCAGUUUAUUGAUAAGGUAUUUAAGUAAGAUACAGUGUGGUGGCUGCUUUAAUACGACACAGCUCAACAUAAGUGGCAAAUGUACAUUUUGCAAUCAACCUAUUAAUGUAAAACUUAAUAAAAUUAUGUGCCUUUGUACGCAAAUUCUUUUCCAGUCAGUGGAUACUUUAAUGUCCCAUUUAUGCUCAUGUGAAGACAUUCAUACAAAUACAAACCGAAAUAAUCUUGUUCUGAAAGCUUCAAAAAAAGAUGACUUUCAAAGAAUUUGUGUAGAUAACCAUGUGGUAGAUAACCAUGUGAUUUGUCCGGAAGUGGUCGAUAAUCUUCAUAUACAAAAUGUAAAUGAAAGCAUGAAAGAAGAAAUAGAUGCUGACAAUGUGGAUGAACUGAAAGAAAAGGAAAAGGAAGAAAGUUUUGAAGCGGUAAGAGAAACUACAGAAUACUCGCCAGUAAAUACAAAAGGAGGAAAGGAAAAGGUUGAAGACAAAUCUUUGAAACCCAAAGAAAAGUUAGUGUUCAUUGAGGAUGAUACAGAUAGUGAGUUAUCGGACACUGAUUCAUCUGGGUUUGAAGAAAUUGCUGUUGAUAUACCUAGUCCUAGAAAUAAAAGAACAAAAUCAAGAUCUGGUAGAAAUGAGGAUCAUUCUUCUUCAUCUGAUUUGGACAUGCAUGAAACAGAACUAAAACAUAUUGAAAACAAAUUACAAGAACGCAAUGCUUUGGAAAAGUAUAAUAUCUGGCCAUGUAAAGUGGUUGUGGAACGAAUGACCUUAUUAAAACUUGAACGAUAUCUGGGUAAGAGAAAACGCACCACAUCUCCGGAGGGAUCAGAUGGAUUACAAUUUAAACGAGCUCGGACUGAAAGAUUUGACAGAAAAACUGAUGAAAGAACAGCUAAUGUCCAGGGAGAUGCAGGAUUUAAAGAAAAACUUGCAAAUGCACAAGAAAAUGUUACAAAGAGUAAAGCAGUUGCCAAGAAAAAAUCUUUUCAUAGAAAUGAUAAACGAAAAGUUCCUUAUUCUCAGGAAAGAAGAAAAUCUACUCGGUCAAAUUUGGUUGAUUGUUUUAAGAAUAAAGAUUCAGUUCACAAAAAGGUUAGUGAUAAAAUCCUUAAAGUUUCUGUUGAUUUUGAUAAAGCGCAAAAUAAUAAGAAAGAGGAAGAACAACACAAAAAGCUGGAUAAGUUACUGAAAUACUCGCCUUUAAAGAAUAAUAUAAACACAUCAAAGAAAACGGACAAAGUCGACUGUACUUCAGAAAACAUUCAGUCACAGGCAGAUAAGAAUGAAGAAAUAUUAACUUGUGAAAUAUGUACUUUGACAUUUUCCUCUACACCUGCUUUAGAACAACACGCCGAGACUCAUUUACCAGCACAAAUGUUUCAGUGUGGUAUUUGUGAGGACACUUUCAGCUCUGAAAACAGACUGAAGGAACAUAUGGACAGCCAUGUACAUAACGAUGAAUUUGUUUGCGGUAUAUGUCAGUCGAAAUUCACUUCUCCAGAUGAAUUAGAGCUUCACAUUUACAAACAUUUUAAUAGUCCUGUAUCGGAACAAAAAGAAACAGAACCAUUGGUAAAACUAAAAGUCAAUGCUGACAGUAGCGAUAAUGUUGGAGCCGUUGAUCUAAAAGAAGAAAACCAAGGUCAGCAAGUAUUACCAAAAUUGUUGGCGUACAAACCGAAAUUUAUUCUUUGAAAUGGAUUAUUCAUUUUGUAUAAGUAUGAUUUAACGGGUUAAUAUAAUUAUACAUGAUUUAAUUGUUAACAAAAAUUGAUACUGUACAUAUAUGUAGCUUAGUACAACAUGCCAAGUUUAAGGAAAUUCUGUUGAAAUGUUUUAAUAUUACCUGUAUGUCUGAGAUAAAUUGAAAACUCCCCAAAACCUCCAUAAUCGUUAACGAAAAUUUAACUGUACAUGAGUAUUCAUUUGUAUAUAAAUGUUGCUUAGUAGAAUGAUGUUGAAAAUUUUCUAUUACGAGGCAUCCAUGGUCGAAUGGUUAAGGUUGUUUAUUUUAAAUCCAGUUUCCCCUCAUCUCUCUAAGUUCAAGCUGCAUAAGUCUUUAGAUUCUACAUGAAAGAAAGCUAACCAGCUAGCUUUCCAAACCUCGCAGUUCUAACCUUGGUGGUUCUACUUGUGCCUGAAAUAAUGUACAGAGGGAAACUUGAAGUCUUCCUCCACCAUUAAAGCUGGAAAGUUGCCAUGUGACCUAUACUAUGUUGGUGACCAAAAAUAUAUGUUCCUAUUACAUGAACAAAAAAUAGCUAACAGAUCAAUAACUUUGGAAGGAGUUGAAGGUGGUGAAAUAUCAUAUUAAGUCUAACGUUAACUUCAUGUAUCUUUAAUGCACUUUAAGAAGUGAGCUUUUCAAUACAUUCUGAAUGAUAUUUAUAGAAAUAUUCAUUGGUCAAGUGGAUUAUUGAUUAAUAUUUCGUACUAAAAUAUAAAAUUGAACACGAUUAUGGCAUAUUGUUAAGUUAUUCUUAUUUUUACCAGUUAAAUGACCAUUUACACUUGGAUUGGCAUAAUAUCACUUUAAGUGAUUUAAACAAGCCUAAGGUGCUAUUUACAUGUAUCUGUAUAAAUUACGUACACUUAGUUAAUAAUUGCUGAAAUUUCCAUUACUCUGUAAGUGGGUAGAAAAUAGAAAGAUAAUACAAAUACUAAAUGUAUUCUGUUAUAUUCUGUAUUAAACAUUAAUAUUUUUUUACAUUUAUUGUGAAUUGUUUUACAUUUUACAAACUUUUUUUCUUAAGGACGUUUUUGGGAGUUUUCAUAUAGACAUAUAGGCAAAAUUAAAACUGUUCAAUAGAAAUUCUUUAAACUUGGCAUGCCGGGAACCAGAAUAAGUAGUUCUAGCCUAUUUGAAUACUCUUCAAAGCGGAGGUAAUGCAUUAGGGUGCUAAUACCUUAAGUUUGAUAUUUUGAAGAUUUACUUUAAAUAAUUGCCACUAAGGGUCACCAGAGAUAAAUAAGAAAAGGAGAAAUAAUCAUCCCUAAGUUAAAUAUUUUGUUAUGGAUCAUUCAAAAUAAUCAUGGCAGAUAGUAUACUUUAUUUGCACUUAUAUGUGCUCAUUAAUAAUGAAAUAGAAAUUAAAAAAGAUCUUGAAUUACUCUGUUGCCAAUGCAAUCUUUGAAUUUAUAGAGAAUGCUGAGUAUUAUGUUGGGCCAUCAUGUUUUUCUUUGUCUUGAAUAUCAGAUCUGUAUAAUUAUGUAUAUUUAUUUUUUUUACAAAUUUGUUGUUGAGUAUAUUUUCAUGUUCCUACUAUUGUGUCAAACUUGUAGAUCUUAUUUAAAUGUUUUGAAAUAUUUAUUUUAUAUUUUGACCUCAUCUGUGAACGUUCAUGUGAGUGGACAUGGAAUGAUUAUCUGUCCCUCUGUAAUCCACUCCUGCUUGAAACAGCAUUUCUUGUGACAUUAUUGAAUCAAAUUUGAUGACACUUUUUCCCGGGAUGUCUGCAUUUAGGACUACCAAAUUUGUUCAAAGUUAAAAUAUUUAAGUUCAUAUCUGGAUCACAGGAGCUAAAGAAAAUCUCUGAACCUUUUAUACAGUAGGAAUGUCCAUGACCGAGUGUUAAAGGUCAUUUACUUUUAACAAUUUGCCUCUUAUCAUUGUUACGGUAGGUUCGAACUACUCAAGUGUCUUUGGAGUUUUUCAUGUGAGAAAGCUUAGCAAUAAUCAAGCUAGCUUUUGGAAAGUUGGUGGUUCUACUCUGGUGCCAGUUUGUGCCUGAAAUAAUGCACAGAGGGGCACCUGAGGUCUUCCUCCAACAGUCAGGCUGGAAAGUUGCCAUAUGAUCUAACCUUUUGACUCAAAAUGCCUUAAAAUUGAACAAAAAAUGUUGAUUAUUGUUGUCAUGUUAAGUUUAUUUCUUUAUUAUACAUUAUAUUUUGUAUACAUGUAUUUUUCUGUUUAAAGUGUACCAUUUGAUAUUCAUGUAAGAGUAUCAAAUUUUAUGUGUUUUUACUUGACCUCAGUGAAGUUCCUUUCACACUUAUCUUGUGAUCAAUAGUGACUAAUAGUAAAAAAACAUAAUGUUUAAUCUUUACUUGAAUGCUGAAUAAAGGGGCCUUUGUUGGUCCUUAACAAGGUCUUUUUACUUUCCACUUACAGACUGUUGAUGUACAUUCCGUAAUUAUAUAUAACCUGCACUUUUAUGGAAGUAAUGAAAACAAAAAUUAAGAUAAAAUUAAUUUGAAUAAAAAAUGUGAUAAAAAUGCCAUGAAAAUUCUGUACAUUUGUAUAGAAAAAGAUUUUACAUUCCAGGUAUAUCCAUCUCGUUGGCAAAUGUUAGUGGGAUCGUGGGUAAAUUAUAUACAUUACUAGCGCACUCCAAAAUGAAAUGGUUCAAAACUUGUUCUUUUUUUUUGUUGUUUUUUUUUGUUAAAUUGUAAAUCUUUAUUAAACUUAUAGUAUAGUGUAGUAAAUAGUCUGUUUGUUUUAUAUUUUGAUUGUUAUUUUGCAUGGUUUUAAUUCAGAAAUGAUAAAGAAGGGAAAGAAAAAGAAUGAAUAAAGAACAUAUAACUCAAUAAAUCAUAAGAUCAACAUUAGGUCAAAUGAGUAAAUACAGCUAUUGUAAUAGUAAUGGUUCAGAGCUUUUGAUAAUAUGUAUUUUCAAACUCAUUAAUAUUAAAAGAUUUUAGUUGAUAGAAAUUCAGAACAAAUUUGUUAAAUAUUACAUAAGUAUGUUUAGUGUUAAUUUUUUUCCAUGAUUUUAUUUAUUGUCAGUAUCUAUUGAAAUAUCUGCCUUUCAUACAUUUUAUCUUUACUAUUAAUUUUUAUAUAAUAUGGAAAAAAAGGAUAGACUCUUUAACGAAUGUGAAACAAAACAAAACGAAAUUGCUUACAUGUGACUUACAUGUAGUUCAAUUCGAAGAAUGAAAAAAUCAGAUUUAAGGUACUGUCUCAUUUUCAAUCGUAUAAUUUGUAUUUAAUUUAUGAUAUGUUUUUGUUAUAUUUAUAAGUAUAUUUUCCGUUGUUAUUCCGCCACUUAGAUAGGUGAAAAAUUAACCUCUUCAAAAAUACCCCAAAGUAUGGUACAUGUCAGUAUUGUGCAGUUUUUGCUUAAUAUGUAUAUUAUUUUACAUUAUGCAUCUUUGUUAAGACUAUUUUUGUGCUACAAAGUAACGUCGAAAGUUAGGUAUCACUUCUUUGUCAUCUGUCCAUAUGAACUUAAUAAAAUGUCAUUCGAUGAAUAUCCAUGUUCAUUUUAAGUUUGUCUUGACUACUCCUCUUAUACCAUUUUUGCAAUUUCAGUAAGACUUUACAGGGUUGAUCAGUAGCUCAAGUUCUAGUGCAUUUUACAUGUUGUUGUUUUUUUUGCUUGAAUGAUUUUUUUGGCUGAGGUAUGGCCCUGAAUAAAAAAAUAAGGUAAUUUGGCCUGUUAAUUGAUUUUUGUGUCUCCUCUGCAACAUGCAAUUGGCUAUCAUGAGGCAAAUAUAUACGCAAAUUUAAUAUAGUGCUUAAAAUAUGUUUAUAUUUUAUUUUUCUUAAAAGCCAGUAUGUUGACAGCAUAUUUCGUCACUUUAGUGCAAAAACUCAUUAUCUCCUAUUAAAUUUACAAGCUGUUAACCUGUUACUGCACUAAGGUGACGAUUUCUGCUAUUUAUGCAUUUAUAUUGUCACCAUCUUUUUACAAGUUAGGGAAUAAUUAUGAAAUUGAGUGACUUAUGUAAUUUGUUUAAAGAUAUUUAUGUGAGUUAUGAUAAAGUGUUAAACCUAAAUGUUAAAUCACAUGAAUGAUUUAGUAGUGAACAUGAGCAGAAUGAAUUUAUUUGUAUACCAACUAUUUAUCUGACUUUACAGUGCAACCUCAACAUAGCGACCGUCUGCAGAGCAAUUUCCUCCUUUAAACAAGAGUAUUGUAUCUUCCCAAAGUAACAAUUCGCGGUAGUUAUUUACUUCUCAAGAGCAACAUUUGUCAGUAACAACUAAAUUUUUCUCUCAUCAUGAAGGGUGUUUAUGUACACAGGUUGUACUGUAGGUGUAUCCAUACUCUUGUGUUAUACAAAUGUGCCUGAAUAUAAUUUAUUAUCAUAAUAAAGAUAAUUAAAUCUAUAUUUGU